AUGGGGUUCAAACCGGCAAGCAAAUUGUUAUUAUUUGUUCGUGUAACGUUAUCAAAAAUAGAGUUAGGAGAUGUAACACCACACAACAUAAAACAACUAAAACUCCUUAAUCAAGUGGUAUUUCCAGUUUCCUAUAAUGAAAAGUUUUAUAAAGACGUUCUCGAAGCUGGAGAACUAGCAAAACUUGCAUAUUACAAUGACAUAGUGGUUGGUGCAGUAUGUUGUAGAGUAGACACAUCCGAAAACUCUAGGCGCUUGUAUAUUAUGACUUUAGGAUGUUUGUACCCUUAUAGGAGACUAGGAAUAGGUACUGUAAUGGUACAACACGUUUUAAAUUAUGUUAACAAAGAUGGAAACUUUGACUCAAUUUUUCUUCAUGUUCAAAUAAGUAACGAGGGAGCUAUCGACUUUUAUAAGAAAUUCGGAUUUGAAAUAGUAGAAACAAAAGAACAUUAUUACAAACGAAUAGAACCGGCAGAUGCUCAUGUAUUACAAAAAACUUUGCGCCCUAAGAAUAAUCAAACGAAUAAUCAACAAAAUAAUCAAUAAAAAUCAUUGAUCAUUAAUUUAUCGCAUCUUAAAAACUACCACAUGUUUUCAUAGUCCAGUAAUAAAAUUAUUUUUAUUGUA